AUGGCGGGGAGGAGGGAGGCUGCAGCGAGCGUUGUGGAGUGUGGAGGAGAUGGGGAGUGGGAUGGGGAGCCACGGCGGUGCGGGAAGGGCCACCGGGCGGCGGUUGUGAUGGAGACGGCGGAGGGCGGGAGCAUCUGCCUCGUCUGUUUCUCCAACCUCGUCGCCGAUCCUGGUGCCCCGUCCCACCACGUGUCCUACGCGCUCUCGCAGCUCUCCCGCGCCAUCUGUGGCGGAGGAGGCUCGUUUCUCCGGGAGCUUCGCGCCUUCCACGGCCACCUCCUCGUGCUGCCGCUCGUGCAGGUGCUCUCCUCCUUCGACGACGAACCUCUUGCCUGCCAGGCCAUCGAUCUCGUGUCCGACCUGUGCUCGGGGGGAUCUGAAUGCGCUGACUCCUCCGUCAACCCCUGCGAAUCCCUGGCUCGGGACUUCAUUGCUCGGAUCGCGGAUCGGCUCUCGUCCGGGACCCUGGCAUGGAGCCGUCGUCAGGUCUACACGGUACGACACUCCUUUCUAAUCUUGGAUCUCUCUCUCUCUCUCUCUCUCUCUCUCUCUCUCUCUCUCUCUCCCCUUCCAGCGCUGGCAUCUGCUCUCCAUUCUAACCACUUCUCUCAGAGGAUAACUUCUGCUGUUUGGUUGGAUCACCCUGCUCGCGCCUAAAAGUUCGAAAACUACAACAAUCAUCUAAACUCGAGAAUGCAGAAUGAAUCACCUCCCGAGUUUCACUGGUACAAGUAAAUAAGCGAAACUCUCUGCUGGUGCUCAUUCAUGGCCUGUAUUCAGCUGUCUUCGUAAAUCAACGACAGGGUUCGACCUUCUACCUUGAGAAUAAUUUGACUCUUUAUCCGUAGAAAACGAGGCGCACAGCACCACCAUACUAGAGACUCCCAGCCGGUCCAGCAUUGUUGCAAAUAGACUAGGUUUUUGCACUGGUCUCAUAGAUCGUGAUAUGUGUGCUCUGUCGACUCGAAAUUGAUGAUGUUUGCCAUCAAAACUCUUUUGUUUCAGUUACAUUGCUUAGGUGUUCUACUCGACUCCGAACAAGCUUGGAAUCCCUCCGCUUAUAUCAGAAAUAAAGCUGAUCUUGUGUUGAACCUUGCUAAUGGUCUUCAGCUGCCGAGGUGACUGUAGACUUCGUGUGGAGUAUGCUCUUUCCCAUUGUGACGUUACAGAGCAGUCUACUUAUCUACAAGAGCAAAAGCUACUGGCGAUCUCAUAAUACUUUUAGGUUCUUCCUGCUUUUGUAUCUUUUUGUUGCAGUGAAGAGAUUCGUGGGGAGAUCCUAUUUGUCCUUUAUAAACUGUUUGCACUGCGUGAUCCUCAGUGUGAUAAUAUUGAUGACGAAGACGAAGACUCCCUUAUGGGGUUCAGAUUGCUAAGGUUAUCAUUAGAAGUCCUGCUGAAGACCCAGAGUGAUGAUGUUCGCACAAAUUGCAUAGGUCUGUUCGGUGUAAUCGUCUUCCUAUUCUCUUAUUGACGAUAACAGUGCAGCUCUAAUACAAGAAAUGAAUUGUUUAGCUCUAGGUACAAUCCUUCUUCUCUAUCUUUGACCUCCAACGAAUGAAUUGGAUGUCGAGCUAUUAAGAAAAUUCUUUUUCUGUGUCAUGUGCAGAACCAUGACCACCUCCCUUAAAUUGAGAUCCCAAAAGUGAUUAUUACUGGACCCGUAGAAUUGGCUCUCUUGGUUCUAAAUUUGAGAUACCUGUUACAUAGUUGGUAGACAUAAGAUAUAUUCCUAACACUUUUUAUCAAUGUUUGCUUCAGCAUUGCUAACAGUAUUGAUUCGAAGGGGUUACUUCAAAGACGGUUCAGGAGGAAUUACUUUUGGAAGAAGAGAUAAACUUGAGCAGUCCGAACUGGUUUCAGAUACAGCUCUGGUAAAUUUGUUUGCGGAUGCCAUCAAAGCUCCGCUGCUUUCCUCUGAUACCAGAGUCCAGAUUGGGACCCUGGACUUGGUCUUUCAUUCCGUAUCAAUGGAAUUGUAUGGGCCUGCAGAGAUUGGAAUCCUCAUUGAGGAAAAUAUUGCAGACUAUGUUUUUGAAAUACUCAGACUGUCAGGUAAAAGGGGGCUAUUUCUUAGUGACCUGAAAAUCCAUUUAGUCAUUUCACUAGAAAAAUAGUGGGAUCUCAUCGAGUUCUAAUUAUAAAAAAAUGCAGGAAAUAAGGAUCCGUUGAUCAUACCUUGCCUUCGGGUGUUGGAUCUGCUAACAGCAGCUGAGGAUAUCCUCAGGCAAAGGCUGGCAGUAGGUUUUCCUACCCUACUUUCUGUGUUGCAUUAUGUGGCUGACAUACCUCUUCAUCCAGUCCAAUGUCAAGCAAUGAAACUAGUCUGGAACUGUAUGUCAAACUGUCCUGGAGUCAUUUCAACAUCCCAGGUUGAAGAGCUAGCUAUUAUACUAACAGGAAUGUUUGGUCGAUACAAAAGUGGGGAACUCGGUAUGCUCUCUGAGACUUUUGUUUUAGGCUGUCUAACAUUUGCGGAAAUAUUGAAGUCGCCUUCUUCGCAUCAGAUCAGGGGACUAGAGACAUUAGUGAAAGAAUCGUUGAAUAAUGCAUUAUUAUCAUCUCUGUCGGCUCACAAAACAACCAAUCAACUUCUUUUAUAUUCUCUAUACCUUAUGAAAGAAGCAAUCCUGUAUUCUCAAGAGGAAAGGUUCCUUACAUGCUCUGGCACCAAAGAAAUUAUGAACUGCAUAGUAGAAAUAUGUGAAGUGCGUCUUCUGCCUUGGCUAGGAACGAUCCUUGACGAAGGGGAAGAUGAGGAUACGGUGAUGGAAAUUCUGGAAAUCUUCCACCUGAUCCUGCUUCAGGAAUCUGAUGUUAAAAAAACGAACUUUGCCGAGUCUCUGGCCUCUUCAAGUUGGAUAAGUUGGUCUUUCGGGUACUUGGGCUUGCUUCCAUCAAAUAAAAUGAAAUGUAGGUUAUAUUUGCUGCUCAGUUCAGUCGUGGACUGCAUUUUCGGCCAGGAGUUUGGAGAUCCAAUCAGAAACGCCUACAUGUGUCUCCCAUCCGAUCCUAUGGAGUUGAUGUUUCUUCUCGGGCAAAGGAGCAACUGCGACUAUAACUUGCUAUCUUGUCAAUCUGCAGUCAUUUCACUACUAUAUAUCAGCACUCUUUUCGAAGAAAGGUAUGAAUAAAUACAGAAACAGUUGUACUUAACCAUUUAUCCAUCAAUAAUAAGCAGGAUACGGAUUCGAAUAAUGUUCUGACUACUCAUUUUUUUUCCAGAAUUGCUGAUGAGGACCAGGUUUUGGCCUCUCUCGAACAGUACAUUCUGGUGAAUGGUAGUAACUUCUCGGUGGGUAUCGCUGGGUCUACAAUGCUGGCUCAGUUGAUCCAUCUCUACAGCUUCACUCGAGGAGUUCUAUCAGCCAACGGAGCCCCCUACAGUCGUGAAGCGGAGAAAACUCUUUUCUGUAUGAUUUCUGAGCAUGACUGGGAUUUGCUCUCCAUGGGCAUCCAUCCAACGGCCUUGAAGUGGCUUUUUCAGCAGGAUAGCAUCGGAGUACCGCUGUCUGGCCAGAUCCUCAACUUCUGCAGAUCAUACAACACGAACGAGAGCCAACUAAAUAAGCAUGGGAAAAUCAUCUGGGUGGUGGACAUCCAGAUGCUCUCAGAUUUGAGCAUCUCAGAAGACAGCUAUCUAGCAUCGAUCCUGGUGCUUUUACUUCAACAACUGGAAGGAGAAUGCCAAGAAGAUGAUCUCAACCUCGUGAUGAACUCCAUGCUAUCGAUCUUGAACAUUUUUCCCGAGGCGUCCAAUCAAUUCUGCUUGAACAACAUCAGCAAUGCGUUUCGUACUCUGUAUUAUUCUCACUCUCCCUUUUCUGAAGUAUUUACCACCACCUCGCUCUUGGUCUUCAACGUUCUGAGUUCAGCUCACCCAGAAGUGCUCUCCGAGGACGGAGCCUGGCUUCCAAUCACCGUGAAGGUAAGGUAACCCCCCCUCCUUGAAUCCAUUUGACUUUCAGAGGUUUCCACCAACCAAGUUAAUUUCGCCGUCAUCAUCUCGUUGAUUUCUAGCUUCUCGAAACUGUGGUCAACCCUCUGCUAGAUGACGACGCAUGCAGCCCAGAGGCCCACUUGAUAAUCGGCAUCCUGUGCCUGGUGCUGCGUCACUCCACCAACCAAGCCCAAGCCCUCGGAGAAGCCUCCAAGGCGAUACUGCUCAACACCGCACUCAUCUCGGCCGUUGACCAGAAGAUCCAAGCCGCCUGCGCCAAGGGCCCAGCUUUAGUCAACCACGACGAGCAAACAAGCUUCGGAGAAUCCCUGCUGCUCGUUCUCCUAUUAUAUUUCUUCUCUUUGAAGAGGUGAAGCAUCUAUCUAUCCUACUCCGUCCUUACGUCAUCGGCUACCAGCAAAAACCUGGUUAACACUCCAUCCUCAGCCUUCAAGUUCAGCUGGGGGAGGCGGUCAACUGGCAAGACUUCAUCCAGGGCCCCCCCGGGGAGUCAACCCAGAGUCCUCCACAUGUGAUCAACAUUUCCUGCGGCGAUCUCUGCAGAUUACUGCACUACGGUUCCUACCUGAUCAAGCUGGUCGCCUCCCAGUGCCUCUUGGAGCUUCUCACCAGGAUCACUCCCCAAAGCCUCUUCUCCAGCGAGCACCUCAGAUCCAUGGCGGCCGUCACCGAGGGCCUGGUCUUCUACGCGGACCCCACGGUGGCCAUGAACUGCGGGCUCUGCUCCUCCAUCAUCUUGCAAUGGGAGAAGAAAAAGAACCCGGCGCAAGACUUUAAGUGGUGCAGGCUGAUCAUGGACGAGUUGGCCUUGCUCUUGGUCGCCCCCGGCCUAGCAUCCCGAUCCUUCAAAGCUCAGCACAAGUCAGCGGCUCAUAUUGCCAAUGCCCUCCUUGGAUUAUCAGAUCGAGCCCCCGAGUGGAUGGCGUCCCUGUUCAACCCUCCCUGCGUCUCCGGCAUAAUCAGAAGCCUCUCACCCAGCAACGUGACGGCGGAGAUGGUGGAGCUCUUCCGCGAGCUCGCCGCCGGAGGAUUUCUCGACGAGGAACAGGCCGCCGGUCUGCGGCAGGUCUUUCAGGUUUCUUCUUUUUUUUUUUACAGCUUUAGCACUCCCCAUUUCUCUCUCUCUCUCUUGAAAUAUUUCUACAGGCGUGCAGGAAUCAGAUGUACGGAGGCUCCGGCAUGGAGCGGCGACCGGAGGAGCCCGUGCUCGUCGCCGGGGCCGGCGAAGCAGGUAAGCCCUGCUGCACCCUUCUUAUCCGGCUGAUGCUGUCUUCCAGUGGACAACUCGCCACCGGCCACGCGGCGUCUGAAAGGCUGCUGAAGGCAAUCGACGGCUUCUUCCAAGCCUCCGCCGGGAUCCCCUAA